AUGCAUUUUGGAGGAGAGAGAGUGUCUGGCGAUUCAGGGGAGAAUGGAGAUAUGGCUGUGGAGGAUGACGAUGGUGGAGCUCGGGAGUCUCUGGAUCGUGGUCCAGAUGGUCCUCCACAGGAUGAAAGGCACAAGGAUGCAGGCCAGCGACGUACAUAUGCAAAAGCCUUGGGUUUUUCGUCUUGGCCUGCCAUUGACACUCUCCCAGAGCCGAUUCAGGUAGGGAGUAAAAGACGAGUAAUGAUCCCGCAGAGAGACUAUGAAUUGAAGAGACAAAAUUUUCGUUUUGCCUUAAUCGGUAGGGUUAACUUCCGAUUGAUCUCUUUGGAUGGUUUGAGAGCGGAGGCUCGGGAAAAAUGGAAUCUCAGUCAAGGGGUGCUUAUGCAUCCAUUGGGAAAAUGUUAUGUAAUUUUUCAAUUUCAGUGCGAGGGCGACAAGGCAGCGGUGUGGCGAAGGUCUCCCUUUAGGAUUGGUGAUCAGGUCAUUCGAUUUCAACAUUGGAAACCUGAUUUUAAUAUUCACGAGAAGCAACUUCUCACAAAGCUUGUAUGGAUACGGUUUCCUGAUCUCCCGCUUGAAUAUUGGCACGAAAAUGUGUUAUUGUCUAUAGCAAAGGCAGUAGGGCGCCCUGUGUCCCUAGACAGACGAACAAGACAAGGCAUUCUUGGCUUCUUUGCGAGAGUGCUGGUGGAGGUUGAUAUCUCUGACUUGGCAGAGAGGGUGGAGGAAGUACAGGUGGAAAGAUUAGAACCAGGUACAUCUCAGGUGUAUGGUUUCUGCCAAAAGGUGGUGUAUGAAGAUAAUGUGGAGCGUUGUGGAUACUGUAAACGAGUCGGACAUUUGAUUUCCAAGUGUAGGAUGAAAAGACUGGAUGAUGAAAAGCAAUGUGCGGCUGAUAAAUUAGCAAAGGUUCCAGGGGCGGUAUAUGUUGAAGAUGGAGUCAACUCAGGUGGAAGUAACUCGGUGAGAGAGUCUCCUUCUAGGGGAAGAUCUAUGCCACAUCAGCAGAAUAAUUUUGAUCCUAUUCAUGAUCAAAUCUCUCCUAAUUCAAAUUCGUCUAAGGUUGGGGGAGAUAUUCAAAUAUUUUUGAAUCCUUCCAACUCUGUCUCAAACGUUUUAGGAAAGGAGUCCAACGGAGAUGAAAAUUAUGGAAUUAAGGAAGGCUUUGUGUCAGGGACGGUUAUAGAAUUAGAGUCUGAUUCUAAUCCUAUAAAUAAGGAAUGA